GAGCUUCGCCGCCCAACCUUGCGAUUGAAACAGCUUGUUGUGAUUGGCUGGUAGGAUUCGAGUUCUUAACCAAUACUAGCGUGGGAUUUGAAAAGGUCCAAUUACAAAGCCGUCCGUACGAUGUGUAACGUCACUGGUCCUGUUAUCCAAUAGAAGCGCUGAUCGCUGAGGCCAUAGAUUUGCAUAAGGCCCCUAUAAAUAGGGCAGUAAUCGUGCUGACGGGCACUCCGGUGCUUUACAGCAGCGUGAGAGAUUUCGCCAUGCCUGAGCCGGCCAAGUCUGCCCCCGCGCCCAAGAAGGGCUCCAAGAAGGCUGUCACCAAGACGCAGAAGAAGGGCGACAAGAAGCGCAAGAAGAGCCGCAAGGAGAGCUACUCCAUCUACGUGUACAAGGUGCUGAAGCAGGUGCACCCCGACACGGGCAUCUCGUCCAAGGCCAUGGGCAUCAUGAACUCGUUCGUCAACGACAUCUUCGAGCGCAUCGCCGGCGAGGCCUCGCGCCUGGCGCACUACAACAAGCGCUCCACCAUCACGUCGCGGGAGAUCCAGACGGCCGUGCGGCUGCUGCUGCCCGGCGAGCUGGCCAAGCACGCCGUGUCCGAGGGCACCAAGGCUGUCACCAAGUACACCAGCUCCAAGUAGAGCGUCCCGGAUCGUCAGUUUUAACCCAAAGGCUCUUUUAAGAGCCACCAAAUAUCUCAAGUAGAAGGGCUGAGUUAUUCUGUGUUGGGGGAAGUAUGUAAAUAGUCUGUUCUUUUAAAGGUGAGAGGCUUUCACUUAAAAGCUUAUAUUAGAUAGUUAAUACUUGGAAGUUUAGAAGUCAGAAACUGGUGAAAAAGGAGCAGCGGCACCUUAGUGUUUUACCAGUUCUCCGUUCGCAGAAUUUUAGUUCUGCGGGUGAAGGUAGGUGUUCUUUUUGUCUACGUUCUGUAAUUAAUUUUGUUUUUCAAGGGUUUUUAAUUCCUUCAAGUUUGGUAGAAAAUCCUAACUGCUAGUAAGAAUUAAUUUUCUGUGCAUAUACAGGUAAAAUAAUAAAAACUUUUAGUAACUAAACACUAUGAAA